UUUUUUUUUUCGGUUUCUUUUAUCUUCUUUAUACCAAAUAUAUAAAAAAAAAGAUGUCAAGUGUUUCAACUAUUGUAAGUGAAAUGUUAAAGGGAGAAGGUGGUGUACGUCGUUCUGUAUUAGCGGAAGAAGAAGUAGUGGAUACGCCUGCUCAAGGUGUACAUUCAUUGUACGAUGUUUUACAAUACAGUGUCAAACGACGUGGCGAUGGAAACGCUAUGGCCUAUCGUAACCUGGAAAAGAUGGUGUCAGAAGACAAGAAAAUCACCAAGCUCGUGGAUGGUGUUGAGACCACACAAACAAAGACCUGGAAAUAUUUUCAAUUAUCACCUUAUCAGUACAUUUCCUACAAUGAUUUCUCUACCAAGGUACAUCAUAUCGGCUCUGGUUUGAUUCAUCAUGGUUUAUCUCCCAAGUCCAAGAUUGAGAUUUUUGCAUCCACCUCCAAGGAUUGGAUUUCGGUGGCUCAUGGGGCUUUUACACAAAAUAUGGCUAUUGUCACAGCUUAUGAAACACUCGGUCCUGAAGGUCUAUUGCAUUCCAUGAACGAGGCUGAAGUGGAAGCCAUUUACACUGGUAGUGAAUUACUCAAGACCCUCAUUAGUGUUUUACCUCAAUGCACCGUUAAACCUCUUGUCAUCUAUUCCGGGGAUGCUAGUGAAGUCGAUGUUGCCAAGGUACGUGAAUUGAUUGGCGACCGUAUCUUUACGUUGGAUGAAAUUGUUUCAGCUGGUCAGGAAAACCCGCAAAGACCCACGAAACCCGGUCGGGAUGAUUUAUGUUGUAUCAUGUACACUUCGGGUAGUACAGGUGCUCCCAAGGGUGUGAUUCUGAAUCAUUCUAACCUCGUUGGCGCCAUUGCAGGCGUGGAUACAUUGUUGGGUCACGUUAUUCAAGAAGGAGAAGACUGUAUUAUGGCGUACUUACCUUUAGCACAUGUCCUUGAAUUCUUAGUAGAAAACCUUUGCCUAUUUUGGGGUGUUGCAUUAGGUUAUGGAUCCCCACGUACAUUGACAGAUGCAUCUGUACGUAAUUGUAAGGGCGAUAUUAAAGAAUUCAGACCUACUAUCAUGACUGGUGUACCCGCCGUAUGGGAAUCCAUUCGUAAAGGUGUGUUAAGUAGUGUAGCCAAGACAUCCCCCGCUGCUCAAGCUAUCUUUAACAGAGCGUUUGCUACCAAGUCUUGGUUAAUGGAAAGAGGUUUACCCACAGGAUUUUUAGAUACCAUGGUAUUUAAUAAGGUGAAAGAACAAGUGGGAGGUCGUUUCCGUUUUGGUCUUUGUGGUGGGGCUCCCUUAGCUCUUGAGACACAAAAGUUCUUGUCAGUUGCACUUAACCCCAUCUUGGGGGGUUAUGGCAUGACCGAAUCAGUGGGUAUGUGUGCUAUCAUGACACCAGAAAACUUUUCAUGUGGAUCCGUAGGUGGACCCGUCCCUUGUUGUGAGAUUAAAUUAGUGGAUGUGCCUGAUGCCAAUUACUUGUCGAGUAACGUCAAACCCCAAGGUGAGAUUUAUGUACGUGGAUCUUCCGUGACAAAAGGUUAUUUCAAACAAGAAGCCUUGACAAAGGAAGCGAUUACAGAGGAUGGAUGGCUUCGUACCGGUGAUGUAGGCGAAUGGAACGUGGACGGUACACUUUCCGUCAUUGAUCGUAUCAAGAAUUUAGUAAAAUUAAGUCAUGGAGAAUAUAUUGCAUUAGAAAAAUUAGAGUCGGUUUAUAAGACGGCGUUGGGUGUACAGAAUAUUUGUGUCUAUGCUGAUUCACUUUGCAAUAAACCUGUUGCCAUUGUCAUGCCUAUUCAUUCAUCCUUGGAAAAGAUGGCCAAGGAUUUGGGUCUGGACGCACAUCAACCUUUCAAAGCACUUUGUGAAUCACCUCAAGUUAAAAAGGCAUUUUUGGAUGAAUUACACAAGCAAGCCAAGACAGCGCAAUUGAAACCCAUUGAAAUCGUUGCUGAUAUCUACUUGACGGAUGAAGAAUGGACCUCUGAAAAUGGUCUUUUGACAGCUGCACAAAAAUUGAAGCGUAAUGCUGUAAAUAAGCAAUACAAGGAACAAUUGGAACAAAUGAAUGCAUCUCAAAAAUAAAUCAUUGUUGUCACAACAUAUCAUCCCCCCAAAAAAAUAAACAAAUAAAGAAACCUCGUUGUCAAUCACCUUUUAUUAAUUCAAUUGUGUUCAAAUGAUAAGCAUUCCUUUUGAACCAUACACAAGAUACAAAAAAAAAAAAAA